UGUCACGUAACAGAGCCCAGCUUUUUGUUUCAUCAUUUACUGCCAUUUUUUCCAAUAAUCGAUCUACCCACACACCAAUCAAUCAUGCGGUCGCUUCAACCGGCACAUUCCGCUCCAUCGGAGUUUUCUUCUCCGCCGCCGCCCUCAUCUUCCCCUGCAGCGAAUCGUAAUCGUCACCGGCGGAAACCCGAUCUAACCCUUCCUCUUCCUCAACGUGACCCUAGAUUAGCGGUACCUCUUCCUCUCCCUCCCACCUCGGCCCCGUCUCCGGCCUCGGUGUUACCAUCCUCGUCUGAUCUAUCGACUCCUCUCACCUUCUCCGAGCUGGAGCGCAUCAACCGCAUCGGGAGUGGGAGCGGCGGCACGGUCUACAAGGUCCUCCACCGUCCGACGUGCAAGUUCUAUGCUCUGAAGGUGAUUCACGGCCACCACGAGGACUCCGUCCGCCUCCAGAUGCGUCGCGAGAUCGAGAUCCUCCGCGACGUCGACCACCCCAACGUGGUUAAAUGCCACGGUUUGUCCGAUCACAAUGGCGAGAUUCAAGUCCUCCUCGAGUACGUGGACAGAGGAUCGCUGGAAGGGACCCACAUGCCUCACGAACCCUCCCUCUCGGAUCUCACCCGCCAGAUUCUCUCCGGACUCUGCUACCUCCACCGACGGAGGAUUGUUCAUCGGGACAUCAAGCCCUCCAAUUUGCUAAUCAAUUCGCAGCGCAAGGUGAAGAUAGCCGACUUUGGGGUCUCGAGAAUCCUCGCGCAAACAAUGGAUCCCUGCAACUCCUCCGUUGGCACCAUCGCGUACAUGAGCCCAGAGAGGAUAAACACAGAUCUGAACCAGGGACAGUACAAUGGUUACGCAGGGGAUAUAUGGAGUUUGGGAGUGAGCAUUUUGGAGUUCUACUUGGGGAGAUUCCCCUUCAACGAUGGAAGGCAAGGGGAUUGGGCUUCCCUCAUGUGCGCCAUUUGUAUGUCGAAACCGCCUGAGGCACCACCCACGGCUUCAAGAGAGUUUAGAAACUUCAUCUCCCUCUGCUUGCAGAGAGAUCCAGAGAAACGGUUGACGGCUCUGCAGCUUUUGAGCCACCCCUUCAUUUUGCAAAACAGCUCGGGAAGCACUAAUAAUCAUGGGAUUCCCAAUCACAUUCCUCAAACACACCACCAAUCACUACCUCCCCCACGCCCACAUUUCUCCUCUGCUUGAUAUUCUUUCAGAUUUGUGAUCUUUUUGUGUAAUUGUAUCAUGGAAGUGAGUAACUAAUUGCCCAAAGGCCAAAGCGGUGGACGAUCUAAGGGGAACACAAAAUAGAGAAACACUUAUCAUUUGGAUUCACAAUAACAGGUUUAUAUCUAACUUGAGGCUUUUGUUUCCUAUGAAUCUCUUUUUUUUUGUUGCAGAAAUUUGCAAAUGUGCAAGUCUUAGGCAUCAAGCAGCAUUCACACAAUCUGCAUAUAAGUAUUUGUUUUGUUACCAUUUUGAUGGGAGAUUCACCACUGUAUCUGUAAUGAAUGGUGUUAGGAAUG